ACUUUAUACUUGUCUUUUAAAUAUAAGUCUUGUUAAACUGACAUUUUCCCCAACGUGUAACGUUUGCUCACCAGGAAUUAGACUGAUGCAAUCCUCCUCGUGCGUUUAAUUGGCGGAUUGUUCGAAAAGAACAUAGCGUUCCUCACAUUUAUUAAAUUAUUGCUUGCGGUUUAAAACGUGUAUUUUAUACACAAAGCAUGCUAGUCACGUCGAGUUUAUAAGCGGUAGUUAAUGUUUUGUAAAUCGGCUUAAUUAACUUGACAUGUGAGCGGCGAACCAGCUGAUGUAGUUAGUCCAGCGCGUAAUGGAAAACCAAGAACAAGAGCAGAAACUGGUAACCUAAUAAGGAGAGACCAUUGUGGAAAACCUGCUUAAAUUGUCUCCCGCUACUGAACGCAUCGUUACACUCAACUGUUUUAUCAGCUGAGGGUUUCAUUCAUUGUUUUGGUUUUAGCCGGCUAGCACGCCGUGCUACUACCCUCAAGGCGUGGGGAGAACGAAAUGAUGCUUUCAAAGACCCUCUCAUCGACUCCGGAAAUUUCACAAAACGCUGUUAAGUUGAUAUUAAUUUACAUUAAUCUUACCGAACAUAAAGUGCAUUAACUGUCAGGUGAUGUGGGUGUUUAGAUUUAUUGAGCCAGGAACAUGUAGGAGAUUCACGUUGGUUUUAGGUUGAUUUAAAACAACAAAAGCUGACGAUUUACGUUUAUUUUUCACGUUUGAAAAGGUCAAAGCAUCCUAAUCAUGUUUUUUUGGGGGGGCAUCCUGGCCUUAUAUUUUGCUGUGCUCGCCUGUUUUCGAUGUAGUAACGCAGUAAUUACAGCAGCAUCUACACAUGAAGGCGACACUCGUGAGCCGAGCACGUCGCAGACGCGUAGGUAGCUGCUGUUUCUCCAGUUAACAUGAAAAUGCCACUCAAAACGAUGGCGGAAAGUCGCUCGUUGUGAUUGACUCUGCUUUGUCCUAAUCUGCUGCUGUGAACACACACCUGCCACUUCCUGCUCUGUGUACCCAAGCCUCUUGCCUAAGUGAACACACACCCACACACACACGUCAGAGGACCAGUAAUAAUCAAGCACUGUACUUGUCCACCGUGCUCCAGCAGUCCUGAUCUAAACAGUCUCUCUCUCUCACACACACACUAGAAGUAUUUAAAACACUUAGCCUGGUUUAGCACACACACACACAGCAAUCAUGACCAACAAGCUGUCCACCUUUGGCAAGAUCCUCCUGCGUCGCCGCGCGCUUCACUGCUCCGGCGAGGAGACCCAGUUCGCCCGUUGUUUGUCCACCUUGGACCUCAUCGCUUUGGGAGUCGGCUCCACGUUGGGCGCUGGCGUCUACGUCCUCGCCGGCGAGGUCGCCCGAGACAAGGCGGGGCCAGCGAUCGUCCUCUGCUUCCUCAUUGCCGCUCUGUCCUCCAUGCUGGCCGGUCUGUGCUACGCCGAGUUUGGCGCUCGCGUCCCCAAGACGGGCUCGGCGUACCUUUAUAGCUACGUGACGGUAGGAGAGAUCUGGGCCUUCAUCACGGGGUGGAACCUCAUCCUCUCAUAUGUCAUAGGUACAGCCAGUGUGGCCCGAGCCUGGAGCUCCACCUUUGACAACCUCGUUGAACAAAAGAUAUCUGGAUUCUUCAAAGCCUCCAUGGCGAUGAAAGUUCCAGGCAAAGUGCUGGCCGAGUACCCCGACCUGUUCGCCUUGAUCCUGGUGCUGCUGCUCACAGGACUGCUGGCCUUUGGCGUGAGCGAGUCAGCACUGGUGAACAAAAUCUUCACGGGCAUCAAUCUGGUGGUUCUGGGGUUCGUCAUCAUAUCCGGCUUCGUUAAGGGGGACACGAACAACUGGAAGCUCACAAACGACGAUUACCAGCAAUUCGUAAAGGAAACCAAUCGCACUGCAAAUGUACAGGAAGAAUUUGGCGAAGGGAAUUUUGCUCCAUUUGGCUUUGCUGGAGUCUUGAGCGGUGCGGCCACCUGCUUCUACGCCUUUGUGGGCUUCGACUGCAUCGCAACAACCAGCGAAGAGGCGAAGAACCCAAUGAGAUCCAUCCCCAUCGGCAUCGUGGCCUCGCUGCUCAUCUGUUUCUUCGCCUACUUUGGCGUUUCCGCCGCCCUGACCAUGAUGAUGCCAUACUACGCGCUGAACUCGGAGAGUCCUCUGCCUGAGGCCUUCAGUCAUGUGGGCUGGGCUCCUGCCAGGUACAUCGUGGCUGUGGGUUCCCUCUGCGCUCUGUCCACAAGCCUCCUGGGCUCCAUGUUCCCCAUGCCCCGUGUUAUUUACGCCAUGGCCGAAGACGGCCUGCUGUUCCGCUCGCUGUCCAGGAUGAACCCCCGCACGAAGACCCCCAUCCUGGCCACCAUCGUUUCUGGCAUCGUUGCAGCUCUGAUGGCAUUCCUGUUUGACCUGGGAGCCCUGGUCGACCUCAUGUCCAUAGGAACUCUGCUGGCCUACUCGUUGGUGGCCAUCUGUGUCCUAAUUCUUCGGUAUCAGCCGGGCAAUCUAAACUCACCCAGUCAGACGGAGAAGCUGGUGGAGCUGGUGGAAGGGGAGAAGGUGGCUGUAGGUGGAGAGGACAGCGGUGACGAGUAUGGGAUGGAGACAGACGACCGUUCCCUCAAAGAGACCUUCACCAUCAAGCUGCUCUUCUGUCCAAGUGGAAAAGUCCCGACGCAGACCUCUGGGACCAUCGUCUACGGCACUACUGCUGUCAUAUCUGUUCUCAUCACAGCGCUCUGCAUCAUCCUGGCCAACUGUCUGGAUGGUCUGCUCAAGGCUCAUCCAGGUGUCCUGGUCCCUUGUGUCAUCUUGGCUCUGCUCUGUGUCGUCUGCAUCAUCAUCAUCUGGAGGCAGCCGGAGAGUAAAGAGGCUCUCACCUUCAAGGUCCCUCUGCUGCCCUGGCUGCCCCUGUUCAGUGUUUUUGUCAACAUCUACCUCAUGAUGCAGCUGGAUUUGGGUACAUGGUGCCGGUUCGCUGUCUGGAUGCUGAUUGGUUUCGCCAUCUACUUCUUCUACGGAAUCCAGAACAGCAGUGAAGCCACCAACAGGUCGUCCCCACGUAAAUACGAACCCGCGCUGCAGAACAAGAGCCCCAUUUACAAGGGCGCCCCUGACGAGAGCGACGUAGAGGGGGGCAGCAGCCCCUGAUGUGGAGCGGCACAGACCUGAGGGGGGCGACGUAGAGCAGCUACUCUCCAAUCAUCUGGAGCAUAGGUGGAUUAGAACGCUGCUCUGGGUUUAACGGGAGAGAGGGCAGGAAAACGCCACACACCUCAUACCUCUGAUUCGGAGGCUGAUUAACUUGACUACUAGACGCCAUUUUCUGGACCAUCCGUUUGGUUUGAUUAAGCCUUUACCCUCAGCAGGCGUAACACAACGGAACUUUGUUACGUUUUAACCGUUCUGGCUUUUAAGGACCACAGUAUGAACUCACUCGCACCCCCGAGUGACGCGUCAGAGCCCAGCAACAACACCGCCGCUCAUCACCUCUUCUUCAUGUGUCUGGUUUACGGUCUUAGUGCAACGGCUUGUUGUUGAGUUUACGUAAGGUCGGGUCCAUGUUUAUGUUCAACAUCCAAAGCUUAUUGCCCCACAGACCCUCAGACAACCGCUCUGGUUUCACUCGUUCUGUGGCCUUUGAUUUCAACUCUUCAGACUUAAAUUAGAGCUUUGUUCCUAACCGUUUAUGUCAAAUAGUCCUUUUAAUGAGUUUCUUACAUAUCUGUUUAAAGAUCCUUCCCAGACUUAUUCUUAGAUGAAAGAGCUUUUCUGUUAGGAGGAAUUAGGACCUUCGAUAAAACUGAAGUUGGUUUUAUUUCCCACUAAAAUCUAGUUUUACAGCCAGGUUUUUUAACUUCUUGUGAAAAAGUUUUCCACAAAGGUUGAAACAUUUAUUUCUUGGCAGCUUUGUCUGUUAAGUUCUCUUCACUUGUGUUUAUUUUUACACUUUAUUUACUUCUGUUUAAUAGAAAUGUUAAUAUUUAUGUGUUUAUAGUUGUUUUUGGUAUAUCUUAAAAUACGUUUCCUUGCCAUUACGUAUUCAUUUGCACAAAUGUGCUUUUUAGACAAUGUUCCUGUACAGUUUUUAGACUGCUGAUCUUUUUUAUUAUUAUUAUUUUCUGUCACAUGAAAUAUUUUGGUCCCUCUCAACCAAACUGAACUAUUUUGGAAACUGCUUUCCAAAAAAAAAAAGAUUGACCACUAAAAGUUGGUUUUUUAACAUAUUUAAACCUAUUUUUACCCAUAAUCCUUUGGAGUCCAUCGGAGAGCUUAUUUGCUGUGCUAGUAAAGUGCUUUACUGUAGAGUGUACAGUAUUCGCCGAGAACUGGAUCUUUGUAUAAAUGCUGUAAAAUAUGCAUAUAUCAUUUGUAUUUGGGGGCGAAUGUGAACUUAAAUGUAAUUCGAGGCCGUUUUUGUAAAUUAACCAGGAAGGAAUCGAUGCUGCUGAAAGCCAAAUCAGAUCUGCUCCUGUGGAAGCUAAAGUCUCUGGACCAAAUCCCCCAAAGUGGAGCAGAUCUUUAGUCCUCCUGCUGAUUAAAUCCAAACCGAAGGAUUUGUCACAGGUUGCAUCAGCUGAAAACGAAGAGGCUUUCCACAGAAACCUGCCACUAAAUUAUCUGCGUGAAGCGUCUGACUCAUGGCGCUCAUCACACCCCGCCUUUGUGCCUUUUGGAAAAACGUAUCCAGUCAUCUCCCCGUUUGGUGCUGUCUCAUCAACAGCAGCACCUUAUUUCUGUUUUGCAUCCUGUACAUACUGCUGUCAUGUAAAAAUAAACUGUAUUUUAAUUUUCCUUUUUUAAUAAAAGUGAUGCAUAUUGUG